AUGAUUUGGGUGGAAGAAGAGGGGAAGCAAGAACUAUCUGUCAAUGCUACUAAAAAUGUGUACGAGCUCGAACAAAGAUGUCAAACGUUCCAGAAGGACUGCAAACAAAAGCAGUUUCAAUUGGAUAGUUUACAAGCUGCUUUGGACAAACAGAAGAGGCUUACAGAUGACGAGAACGCAAACUCUUCCUUUCUGAAAAAAGAAAAUAAUUUCCUGGCUAAAUCAACUCAAGAGUUAGGGCAAAAUCGAGAAGAGACUUUUCACGAUUUGAAUGUAAAGGAAGCCCAGAUUCGUUGUCUGGAACUUCGAUUGACAAAUGUUUUGGAUAAUUUACAGCACGAUCAUAACCAGUUUGUGGAAAAAGUUGAAAAACAGACGGCGGAUUUGACCGAAUCAAACGAUGCAAAUAACCAACUGCAGAGACAACUCGCCGGUAAGAUCUGCUUUGCAGGGCAUGUACAGUGUAAUAAUUUAAAAUGUUGCAGUCCUUAUCCCAAACUUUUCCUCUAAAAAUUACUUAUACAACAAAUUUAACUUAUGUCUCGUACACUGAUUUUAACUUUUCUUAAAGUUAAUUUCAAGACGUUGUUAAAUCAGGUCUAUUUCAGAGAGGAAAAGAUCAAUUUUGCUGAGUUGAGUGUUUCCCAAUGCUUCUAAACUAUUUGUAGCGAAAUUCAAGGGACAGAUUCUUUAACAAAAGAGAGAAAAUAUAUAUUUCCUUGUUUGAAUUUGAUCUCAAUGGACAUCCCUCUACAAGGCAAUCAUCUUCAGACUCUUACUGAUUGUUUGUCUUAGAGCCUAGCCAGAUGAUUAAGCCUUCAAUAAUGAUGAUAGAUUUUGAAACAUAACUUCAUUCUUAAAACUGUUUGCAUACCUGUACAUGUAGUAGAGGUUUCGGGUAGUAUUAUUUUAAAUGCCCUUUAAGGUACAGUGUACUUGUUGUUAUUAAGAAGUGUUUGUAUAUUUGUGUGACUUUCUGUUGCUAUCCAGGAUGAUCCAGGCUGGAUAAUGUACUGUUAGUCAUUUAUACUUCCUAGUUGAGAAACAUCCUUGUUCUGGCAGUCACAUUUUAAGGCAAUCACAAAGGGAAAGUCAGUGUUCAGAUGUUGUUUUAGCCCAGAGCUUGGCAAAUAAAAAUUAGUUGGCUUUAUAAAGCUAGUUUACCCCAUCAUCUGGUCACUUUUUACAAGUAAAAAGGAGGAGUCUAGGAAAGAAUGAUGGACAAUUUUGGUUAAUCCUUAUCAAAGUUAGGCUUUUUUCCUUUUUUUCAUGUUAGGAACUCUUAGACUUAGACACAUUGCACUUGAACAUAGAGCAUUUCUCCUGAAAUGUGUGUGUGUUUUUUUUUCAUUCAUUUAUGAUUAGCUUGCUUGAACUGAGAGGUACCUUACACUGUCUUGUUUGCUUUUCUUGGCAGUUCAAAGUAGCAGGGUUAUAUAGUAUUGUUACCCAAGACCUGACCUGCAGUUGUUAAAGGAACUAUUUAAUUGAUACUGGUUGUCUUUUAAGAUCACAAAGAAAGAGUUGAAGCAUUAGAAAGUCAACUGAAAAGACUGGGAGAAGAACCAGAUUCAAGAGAGCAGAAGAGCUCAUCUGGUUUUGAGUCUGAAAUGGAGUGGGAGUUUAAUCAGGAAAAAAAGCUAAAGGAAAUAGAAGAAAACCUUCAAAUGGAGAGAGAACAGUGCCAGAAGAUUGGAAAAGAACUGCUUGAACUAAAUGCCAAUUCUUUGAAAGUCAGUAACGAGGUAUGGUGAAAAUACAAUUAUAGGUUUAUAACACAUACUUCACUCGAAUGCAAGAGUGAUCUUUGCAGUAAUGAACACUACUUAACCAGUGAUAAAAAUAACGUCUGAAAAAAAUUUAGGCCUGUACCAGAGUUGAACUCAUGACCUCUGUGAUACCAGUGCAGUGCUUUAGUUUACUGAGCUAACAAGUCAAUGGGGAGCAGGUGAUUAUGUUUGUUCGUAAUAAACCAGUGAAAUGAUGAAUGAAUGACUGUAUAUCAUUUUAACGAAAUGCGAAUAAAGAAAUGAAUGUGAGAGUGAUGUUUGCUUUAUGAUGAACACUACUUGAAGCAGUAGAUAAAAUCACUGCUGUGAAGAUCAAUUAAUCAGUAGUUCAUGUACAUGAUUUUAGUCUGGCCUUGUUACUGUUUGUACAGACCCCUACAGUAGUUAAACCAGUUUUAAAACUGAACUGGGUCAGCCUGUCUAAAUAUCACAAAUGAAUAAUAGAUAUGGUAAAUAGAUAUUCUAAAAACUAUAUACUUAUAUACUAGGGGAUUUCUGAUGACUUUUCUCUCCAUUUUCUCUUAUAUUUUAAUAAGAAAUUUCAAUCAUCCCAAGAGUGCCUGUUACAUACAAGAACUAGAGUUGCUUUUUCUUAUAAAGUAUUUUCAUUGUGCUAAGCAAUGUUGUAAAGGUCAAGAUGUUUCAGGCUGAGGUAUCCAGUCAUUAUUUCAGUGAAUGCUUCAGGGUUGUUGUUAAGGUUUGCAGAAGCUGGUUUGUGAUAAAGAGUAAGCACUACUUGGCAUGCUUGUAAUGUUUUGCUAUCAUUCUGCAAAUUGCACCGCAGGCAUUCAGUGAAAUGCACUAGUUGCCACCUUAUUUUAAAAAUCCUGAUUGCUCCAAUAUUUAACAAUGUAAAGAUACUAUAACUAUACAAAUCUGAUACAAUAUAUUAAAGUUAAUAUGGCAACCAGGUGGACAAUCAGACAUAGUUUGAUGCUACUCUGGUUUACAGAUUUAAUGAAUGUAGCCAAAGAAGUUACAAUUCAUAGACCCAAUGUUUCAACACUCCUAUCUAGUGCGUUCAUCAGGGGUGGAUGAUGAAGGCACAAGACAGGGGUGUUGAAAUGUUGGGUCUAUGAAUUGUAACUUCUUUGGUUACAUUAAUUAAAUCUGUAAACCAGAGUAGCAUCAAACCAUGUCAAAUCUGAUACACUUAGACUUUGAAAAGUAGAAUUUAAGCAUGCCCUGGAUAUGAUAAAAACCCAUGGUGGGAAAAAAUAAUUUGUUUCCUUUUACCAUCCUCCUUGAAUCAAUCGAACUUGUUCAUAUUAAAUGCAAAUGUUUUCAUUUAGUCUGAAAAUGGCUGGAAAAAGUUGCUCACUGUGGAAUGAUGCAGAUAUCAUACAUAAGCUACUGUAACAGUACCUGUUGAAAAGCAUCUUGCGUGUGGAAUUUGUUUUUGCCAAAGGGAUAAAAUAACUUCAAAAUGCAUGUAUGUAUUCAUAGUGUGUGCUUACAGCUAAAUCUACAUCUCAUUUUUGUCUUCUAUAAAAUUUUCAGGUAUCUAUGCCCUCUACUUCAGAAAUCAAGGACAUUACUGUACAACAAGAGUUAAAAUAUAAAACCAGUGAGCUAGCUUUGGCAACUGAGAAACUAGAAGCAAAGGACUCAGAAAUGAAGGAGAAGCUGAGAGAGAUGAGUGAAAUGUCUGAAUGCCUCCAUAAAAAGGAACAUGACAUUAAAGAGAUGAGCACAAAACUGUCAGAGAUAUACAAAAUCAAGUCUCAGCCAAAUGAAGCAAAUACUAACAUAGAAGCCUUAGGUAAGUAAUACAGUGAUAUUGAAGCAUACUGCAACAGCACAUGUGUGUCAAGUGCAGGUAAUUUCAAGGUAUUACAUGCACUUGGUAUAGAUGCAGGUGCUGCAAUACAUGUGAGCGGUGCUGUAAGUGUGACAGGCCACCAAUAUUUACAUGUUGUAUGUUAUGAUAUAUGGCAUACUAUGAUGAUUUUGCAGGAUUAUAUUUUGUGGUUUGUCCAUGGAGCAAAUCUUAUGUUCUGAAAUUAUAAAAUUUUCUUUAAAAUCUGAUUUAAAUGAUGUAUUUAUUCAAGCAGUGGAAAAUGUAAAAAUGAAGGCUGUUUAUUGUUUUUAUCUUCUGGUACGGUUGUUGAGUUACUGUACUUGAGUGUAUUACAAAUGGUUGACUAAAUUUUGUAUAAUUAUUGUGACCCUCCACACACUUCAGAGCAAGAGAAGGAAACUCUGGGGGGUAGACUGCAUGAACUGACUACACAUUGUGAACUAGUGGAAAACAUGAAGGAUGCUUUGAAUGAAGCAGAGAAAGAGGUAGGUAUCUGUUUUAUCUAACUAGGCAAUAUGGUUUUUCUGCAUAGUAGACAACCUUCUUCCCAGGCUCCUCUCUCUUCCUUCCUUUUUCGAGGGAGCAGGGAGAUGACCCUGAGAAGGAGGUUGCGUUUCAGACCGUUCUUUCAGUUCUGAUUAGCUACUUGGAUAUUUUUCUUUGUUGUGAUUACUUGGGUUUCACCUUUUGGAAGUUACAUGUUUUUUGCCAAAAUUUCCUAAGUUACAGACUAAUCAAUAUCUCAUGUCAGGUGCCCUACAUGCAGAAAAAUCCACAGCCUCAGGAAAUAUGAAAUAGAUAUCGGCUUCAGUGCAUCAAUUGUCUUUAUUUUAUUAGAUUUUAUGGUAAGAAUUAAAUAGCACGAGAGUAAAGUCCAUCAUGUCUUUAUCUUUCAUUUAGCUGGCAGUUCUUCGAGCAGAAAAACAGGAUACAGACAAAUGGCUUGAAAGAGAGAGACAAAAGAUUGUUGAGGCAGCCAGAGAGUUUGCCUUGCAACAAGAACAGACGUUUAACAACGAGGUCGGUAUUCUAGAGUACAAACUGACUUGUAAAGACAAAGAACUACAAGAGAUGGAAUCCUUACUAAAUCAGUUGCGACACAAUCUUAAAAGUUUACAACAAGAAAAGGUAAUUGAAUUUUUCUGGUUGUUCACGUUGAUUGCCUGCUUACUUCUCUGAUUACCAUCGCCGUAACAAAAUUUAAACAUUUUAGGGAUUUAAACGUUUCCUUUACGUAUAUUCGGUAAUCACCACUUGUAAAGGUAGGAACCCAUUUGCUUACUCAGGGUGAAGAAAGAAAUAUGUUUCAGACAUGUCAGAAAAUAUAAUUAAGAAAAUAAUUACUGAUAAAAGUCGAAGAAAAUUAAAUUCUUACACCCCUACCACCAUUUGAUACUUUUGUUGAUCGCAUCGAUCUUAUUUCAAGUGCGGGUCUUUUUAUUUGGGUUGAAAAGAUUCCUGUUAGGGAAGCCUUAGAACCACUACCGUAUUCUAUUCUUUGAAUUAAUGCAAACCGACAAGUUAAUUUUGAUCACAAGACCAGAGAACUGUCGUUCUGUCUUUUUAGAAUGUACUCCUCGAGGCAGCCGAGGAAAGGGACAGAGAAUUUGAAGAAGAAAAGAAGCUGUGGAAUUCCGGAAUUUAUAGUAACGGGAAAAUUCAACAGUACAUCUCCGAUUUGAACGAAGAACGCCUAAAUGUAAGUCACUUGAAAGAGAAAUGCAACGGGCUGGAAUCAAGGAUGAAAGAACUUGAAGAUGUAAACUCCUCCUUGCGGAAGGAUUUAGGACGGAUUCGCGAAGAAAAGAAACUCGAGACGGAAGGUAGAGAAGAAGCUUUAUCACAUAAAGUUGACUUUCUGCGCUCUGAAUCAACUAAACUUGAGGAAAAAUUGCAAACAAAGGAAUCUCUAGUUUUAGGCCUGAUGGACGAGAGGAAUGAGCUAUCAAUGACGGUGGCCUCUUUAGGGGAGGAGCUCAGUAAAUCAGCUCAGGUUGUGACAGAGCUGCAGCAACAAUGUGACUAUAUGAAGGAACAGUUAGAGAACCUCAGAGAAGAAAAGGGUCGUCUUGAACAAGAGAAAGAUGCCUCGAUGAUGCAAGAAAAAUUUUAUACAGAAAUUUCUGUGAAGAAAGUCCGCGAACUUGAGGUAAAGCUAGGAAAAGAAGUGAAAGAAAAGAAGGAAUUGUCAAAUAUUGUCGAGGAAAUGAGAGGAAUUCUUGAAAAAGAGCAGAAUUGUCUCAAGGAGAAAAACCAGGAGCUGGCUGAGGUGAAGAGAUUACUGCAGCUUGCUGUUAAAGAGAAUGAAGAAUCCAUCAAAGAUAAGAAAACUAAUCUAGUCGAACUGACGUUUUCGUAUAAAGAUCUGAAAAACAAACUCGAUAAGACGGAAAAGAAUUUCGAGGAAAAGUGUAAAGAGCUAAAGCAGGUUAAAGAACAGCUUAACCAAACAGAAAGCGAAGUUAAAAAUGGAAAACCAUUGCAAACCAGAGGAAAGCUUUCGCCACCAAUCUAAAACUUGCAAACAAGCUAGAAAAACUCAGCUGGGACAAGAACGCUGCAUCACCUUGCACAGACAAUGCUGGUGCUGGAAAAAGUUCAGAUGGAUCAAGUUCAUCCAAGCCCUCUGGAGUGAGUUUCGUAAAAGGAGAUAUUCUUCUCUCGCCACUCGCUAAAUCCUUAUCCAACCUAGAAAUCAAGUCCCCUACAACCGUCACUACACAGGCGGCUGCCACGCGGGAAACGUCCUCAGCAUCAACAAGCAGAACACAGCGGCAGACGAUAUCCACGAAGGAAAGUUUGCCACUCGAAGAAAGAGUUACGGAUGUGUACGUUGAGGCGAAUAAAAGAGGAAUUUAUAAACCAAAUGGUUCUGUUGACACCAAGAAAAGGGCAGGCCAGCAAGGUGUGUGCUGUUUUAAUACUGAACAGUGUAAAUGCAUGUCCGCAAGAGAAAUUUUCUGGUUGAGUGUCACAAGUAUUCCAGCAAUGUAUUGGUUUUGCUUUGCUGCUCUUUGUGUUUGGAGAGUGGCCAUUUUCAGUAUAAUUGCAACAUCCUGUAUAGCCUAUAGGCCAUAAAAAAUUGGUGUCUAGUUUUUUCAACAACCUACUUAAAUGGCAGGACUCAAAACUAUACACGCGCAGAUAAUCGUAAGCGCCUGCAAAAUCGCACUAAUUUAGUCAAUCAUUCAUAGUUUUUUUUAUUGGGACCGUCAAUGAGUAUUCCACCCUCCCAAUAACAUCAAACCAAUUUGUGAUGCUAAACAUACCUUAUUCCAUGUCUUACAAGAUGCGGUCAUCGUCAACUUUAGUUUGGAUUUUUACUCUUUUCUUUAGCCUCAUAGACAUCGCCUUUUGUUGUUCGUAAGAAGCAUUUAUUUAGCCAAGGGAACUUUCUUAGCACCACUGGUUACUUAAAAAAUUAUGAAAAAAAUUUUUCUUAACCCUCCAUAAUUUGUUACUAUAUAUACUAAAAUAUUUUGUUCUAGAAUAGUCUCCUACUUUAAAGACUGGCACAUUUAUUUGGACGACAGAACUUGUCAAAGAAGAGACGUGAAAUGUUUUAUCAUACAAACUGCGAAGGAAUGUCCUUUUUAGGGAAGCAUUGCUUAUCUUUACAAUUUUCUUGAUGUUCUCUUUCACUAUAGCGUCAGAUGUCAGAAUCGCCAAGAGACGACAUUUAUCCAGCGGCAAUGAGGCAGACCGCCAGAGUACCUCCACAGCGGUGAAAACCCGCAGUGCAGCCAUGAAAGCUGUUCAGCCUACAUUCACGAAAGACGGGGUGAGUAAGAUUUGUCGAAGCAGCAAGUCGUGCAGCAAGUAUAAAGUGGUGUAGUACCAAGGAAUGAACAUCCUAUAAACGAACAAAGAGAGGUAGCCACUGGGCUAUCGCUUGAUUUUCGGCAACACUAAAAAAAGUCAAUUAGUAAGCUCUGGUUCUGAUAUAAAGAUAAAAAAACGUUAAGAAUGUGAUCCGAUUCUUGUAAAAAAAUGAACAACAUAUUGAUUUGCUCUUUUUCUCUCUAUUUUUCCAGGCAGAAAGUCAUGUGUCCACUUGUGUUCCCCCAAGGGGACAGUUCUUCCCUCCGGAGAUGCCCCUGUCGCCACGGAAGACAAAGUCUGUCAACAUACCGCAGGGUCCAAGGCCAAAGAUCCCUAAACCUGGGAGGAGUCAGUUGCCAAGACACAACAAUCAAAAGAUGCCAAGUAAGAAAAAUAUCAUAAAUAGACCACAUUUGUGGCAAAAAUUUGCACAGAUGUUUGUUCGCGGUCAGUUUUCCGACAGCAAAGCUUAUUUUCUUGAGACAAAAUAAGCGUUCCACGAUCAAGAGUUCGUACAGGUCGUGGCAAACUCUGGAAAUCAUGGAAUUUCAUCAUAUCACUUCUCAAUCAUGGAAAGUCCUAAAAAUUGAGUAGAUGGGUCAUAGAAAUUAAUGUUAAAUGACUUGGAUAUUAAUCAAAAUAAGGAGAAGGGAAAAAAUGUCACUAAAUAAACGUUUACACGAUAUUUAUAAAUCAACCUCUCGAUUGUUGGUCGUCCGAAACACAAAGAAAUGUACAGAUCAUGUAAAGUUAUGGAAUCAUAAAUUAGAAAGAACAACGACUGUGGAUAGAUUCAUCUUUGGGAUUUUAAUAAUCUCUCAGUGUAUUUGUAGAACUUGACGUCGUUUAGGUUGUUUACUUGUUUUGCUCUUAUUUUACAAUGAGCCUCGCCCUCGUGCAUUAGACCAAUCUCCUGACUCGCUUCCAAGCAUAUCAAACAUGGUCUACCGGACAUUCACCUAUCUUUUUUGUGGUUUUUUAGGUGCCUCAACACAACAGGAUAAGAGUCGGAGACGGCAGGCUUUGGGAGAAACGGCAAGUAAAUCGACAGGCAAUCAGACAGAAUGCAAGAUGCAGUAAUUGUAACGGCUGGGUGGACAUAUUGCCUCGCUUCCGUUUGAACCUUGUCAGUCAAACAGCAUAAUUUGCGCGCGUUUGGUAAUACUUCGAUUUUUCUUGAUAUACCGAAUUGGGAAACUUACUCUAAGUUUUGCCGAAAUCAGAUGUGAUGCCGCUAUUUACAUACGCAAAGAUCUGAAAUCUCCGUUUUCAAGAGUGAGAGGACAGUUCUUCUCUGUAAGGACAAAUGUAUUUUCAUUUUUUCGUGGGGCAAACUGCUUUAAAACUGCUUUAUUUUCAUCCAAUUUACCAUCUAAAUUCUCCCAAUGUUUUUUUUGCUUUGUUUUGUUUUGUUUUUUUGUGUGUUGGGGAGCGAGGAGACAAGCACUUUCACUCAAUCGUUGCUAGUCACUUACAAGCGAG